AAAUAGACGUGUUGGGAAAUUAAAAUCUCUCUCAAUCUGCAAGUCAACUAUAACACCAAGACAAGAGAGAACAAAACCAUGAUGUACAUUUUGCUGAAUUUGGCUGUCAGCAUGAUGAUGUUCUCUUACAUCAAUGCACAAUGCUAUGAAGACGAGUGUAUCGGUGAAUUGUUGGUUUCUGGACCGAAGUACAGGGUUCCAGACUCCGCUUUCAAUGCAUCAAGUGUAUGGGACGAUCUGUACCUGCCAUUUAGAGCAAGACUUGGCACAAAGGAUGAUAGUCCUUAUGGUCAAGGAGGGAGCUGGGUAGCUAAUAGUGAACAAGAAAAUACUGAACAGUGGAUUCAGGUAGACCUUGGCACAGUGAAGAGAGUCAGCGGUGUUAUAACACAAGGGAGACAUGUUCUUCAUUCAAACGACGAGCAGUGGGUGAUGACAGAAUACAGAAUACUCUAUAAAAGGAAACGACAGGAAACAUUCAGAACUGUACGAAAGAACAGAAGCGAGAAGUUUCAAGGAAACUAUGAUGCAGUCACCCCCGUGCUCAACAUGUUUAAAAGUGUAAGAGCCAGAUUUAUACGUAUCAACCCAACAGCUUGGAAAGGCCAUAUCUCAUUGAGAUUUGAUGUCAUUGGUUGUAAAUAUUAUAGGCCUCAACCAUGAUAUGCUAAAAAAGAUGAAAUGUUGUUGUCUUGUACUCCGCCACAAAAAAAUGAAUAAAAUGUACUGUACUGACUUCCCUAAA